CACUUAACUCAACAUCUCUCACAACCAGAUAAAACCCUAGCUCUUCAAUCCCCCCCAAACCUGAACCCCACUCAACUCAACAUCUAUCGCAACCAGAUAAUCCCCUAGCUCUUCAAUCCACUCCUCCAGUACCCACACGACGCGUGUCAAACAAAUCAACUCACAUCAACCAGGAAGAAAAUGGAAACUUGUUUUACACACCUUCUCUUCGCCAUCUAAACUUCCAUGCACGUUACGGCAACAAAACCCUGAUGAUAUUUUCAGCCAAAAAGCUUCAUUUCAGUUCAUAAUGAAAGCUGAACUGCGGGGAAACGCGACCUCAUCGAUUUAUCUGCAAAACCUCAGUCUCUUCAACACCCAGCAAAGUUCGCUUUCCGGCGCACUCAAAGGGUGCCUCGGAAGCCUGGAUGCGGCAUGUAUAGAGAAGCUACUGCUUCACUGCGCGAGCGCCCUCGAGCGGAAUGACGUCACUUUGGCCCAACAGGUCAUGUGGGUUCUCAACAACGUCGCUUCUUCCACAGGUGACCCUAAUCAAAGACUCACUUCGUGGUUCUUGAAAGCCUUGAUCUCUAGAGCGUCUAGGUUAUGCCCGACAGCUGUCAAUUUCAAUGGCAACGGGAUUGUUGAGAGGAGAUUGAUGAGCGUGACUGAGCUAGCGGUGUAUGUUGAUCUCAUCCCUUGGCAUAGGUUCGGUUAUUGUGCAGCCAACAGUGCGAUCUAUAGGGCGAUUCAAGGGUAUUCGAGGGUUCACAUCUUAGAUUUUAGCAUCACUCAUUGUAUGCAAUGGCCGACGCUCAUAGAUGCCUUGGCUAAAAGACCCGAAGGCCCUCCAUCGCUGAAGAUCACAGUGCCAUCUUGUAGGCCCCCGGUCCCUCCCUUGCUUAAUGUAACGAGUGAGGAGAUUGGUCUUCGUUUAGGUAAUUUCGCGAAGUUUAGGGAUGUACCGUUCGAAUUCAUCGUGUUGGAUGACUCACCCAAUGCAUCUGAAUCGGAUAAUCCUUUUCAUUUCGAGUCAAUCCUGAGUCAGCUGAGUUCGUUAGAUCUGAAUCUUGCGGAUGAUGAGGCUUUGGUCAUCAAUUGCCAAAACUGGGUAAGAUACCUGUGUGAUGAGCCUAACGGGGUUGAUUCUCGAGAUGCCUCUUUGAGAGAUAUUUUCUUGGACAUCAUAAAAGCGCUUGACCCGAAUCUAGUGAUUCUGGUCGAUGAGGAUGUUGAUUUAUGUGAGCCGAGUCUGGCCUCGAGAAUCACAACUUGCUUCAAUUAUUUGUGGAUCCCGUUCGACGCCUUGGAGACUUUCUUGCCCAAGGACAGUUGCCAGAGGUUGGAGUACGAAUCUGACAUCGGCCAUAAGAUCGAGAACAUCAUCGGAUUCGAAGGGUUUCAAAGGAUAGAGAGGUUAGAGUUGGGCAGCAAGUUAGUGCAAAGGAUGAAGAAUGCCGGGUUCUUGAGUCUGCCUUUUGGCGAAGAGACCGUGAGCGAGGUCAAGUCCUUGCUUGAUGAGCACGCCAGCGGAUGGGGGAUGAAGAGAGAAGAGGAUACGUUGGUGCUGACGUGGAAAGGGCACAACUCGGUCUUCGCCACGGUUUGGGUCCCCAGCAACGGAUACGUGAAUUGAAUGGGGGGAGUCAAUACGGAGCCGUUUCUUGUCUGAGACCCGCCCCGAUCGGUCGGACUGCAUGCAAGCGCCUGAAUCAACCGAUGCAGCAGUUAGUGGAACGGAGACCAGACAACUCUUGGGGUCGGUCUGGACAAGAAUUUCGUUUCAUGUGAAACUCGAGCGUCGUCUUGAAAUUGCCAUAUUAGGUGGUUUGUUUUGUUCUUUCCUCAGUGGUCCAUAGGGCGCAUGCAGAGACAAAAUGGCGUUUCGUGCAUUCAUAUUUAUCGAGAAGAAAAAGACUGCACGGAAGAGCGUUCGGACAGAAGAAGGAAAACCGCAACAGAGUUUUGAGAAUAAUAUCGUGCCGCUCUCGCUGUGUUCGAGGUCUCCUUAAAGUGUGAUUCACGUGAGAGAGAGAGAGAGAGAGAGAGUGUUGUUUUGUCUCUGUACAAUGGACAAAAUCUCUUGGAACGUCGUUUUAGAUGUGAAGGCCCCUUGCAGAGUAUUUCUAUCAAAUAUGUUUUCUAGCUACCCACU